GUAAGAAUAGAUAUUUUUUGUACAUAGCUAUGAAGAAUACUGAUGAUAAACCACAGUAAUCUGUUUUUAAUUUAAUAAUUAAAAUAUUUAAAAUUACGUAUAGCAAAUUUUCGCGAGUGUGCCAAUAGCAGAAAAACCAUUUGUUUAUUUUUUUAGUGAAUAUGCUUGUUGUUCAACAUGUAUUAAAACAAUUGAAAAAACAACAAAUAUUUAUUUUCAACUUUCUUUAUAAAGAAAUAAAACGACAUGAUUCAUCAUCAUCGUUGGGAUACGAAAUUAUUAAACCAUGGCAAGUAUCAAAAAUGAGACAAGUUCCUGAUUAUAUUCCAAAACCAUCGUACUAUAAGACAUCUAUACCUCUAGAAAUAAUUGAAAAAAUAGAAAUUAAAAAUGAUCAUCAGAUUGAAAAAAUGAAAAAAAGUUGUAAACUAGCUAAACAUGUUUUAAAUCAAGUUAAAUUAUUAAUUAAGCCUGGAAUUACAACAGAUCAAAUAGAUGAACAAGUUCAUAAUAUGAUUAUAAAUAAUGGAGCAUAUCCAAGUCCUUUUAAUUAUAAAGGAUUUCCCAAAUCAAUUUGUACAAGCAUAAAUAAUGUCGCUUGUCACGGUAUUCCUGAUAAUCGUCCCCUCAAAAAAGGAGAUAUUCUCAAUGUUGAUGUUACAGUAUAUCUUGAUGGAUAUCAUGGUGAUUGUUCUGAAAUGUUUGUAGUAGUAGAAACUGAUGAAAAUGCUAAUAAACUUAUAAAGACUGUAGAAAAGUGUCUCAAUGCUGCCAUAAAAAUUUGCAAGCCAAAUGAAAAAUUCAGUAGUAUUGGGAAUAUUAUCGAAGAAACUUCCUAUCAAGAUCAAUUUUCAGUAAUUCCUGUACUUGCAGGUCAUGGAAUUGGAUCUUAUUUCCAUGGUCCUCCGGAUAUUUUACAUUUUGCAAAUGACUACUCUGGAGAAAUGCAGCCUGGAAUGACAUUUACAAUAGAGCCCGCUUUAAGUGAAGGCGAUACUCAAGUUGUUCUUCUUAAUGACGGUUGGACCGUUGUUACAUUUGAUAAUUCAAGAACUGUACAAAUGGAACAUACUAUUCUUAUAACAAAUCACGGUUGUGAAGUACUUACAGUAUCAUAAAUGUUUUUUUCUUUUUUUUUACAUAUUUAUAAGAAC